AUGGCGGUAUUCCUGUUGGUGAUGUCAUAUCUACAGAGGAGGAAGUACAAACUGCCGCCAGGACCUCCACAUCUGCCGAUACUGGGACACUACUUUGGUUUUGGACGAUCGUACGUUGUUCUUAAAUCUGCGGAGAUUGUUCACGAGGCCAUGGUUGAGAAGAAAGAGAUAUUUGCAGGGAGAGAUGAUGAGGGCUGGAAAUAUGAACUUGUCACCGAAGGAUAUAGAGAUAUAGCAUUUGCCGACUAUGGUCCAGUGUGGAGACUACAGAGACAGAUGGCUUUAAAGGCUUUCAGGACCUACUUAGCAAGUGAUAAAUUGGAAUCAUUCACGAGAUCCGCUUUUGAGGAAGUCGCCACCUUGAUUGAAAAAGAGACCGAGCCUUUUGACAUCGAUGUCCACAUUCGACUUCUUAUCUUCAACAUUGUCUGCAGGAUGGCGUUUGGGAAAAGCUACAAAAUUGACGGGCCUGAAUUUGUUUGGCUGAAGAGCAAAGUUGACGAAAGCAAUGAAAAGGUCUUUGGAGGCCUCAUUCCCGCUGACGUCAUCCCUGUCUUGAAACAUUUUCCUAUCCCAUCAUCCCUCACUACGAAACGAAUCAUGAAAGAACUGAUUGACUUCCACAAGGCCAAACUGAAGGAGCAUAAGGCAACAUUAAAUACGGGUUAG